GAAGAAAUCUUUUAAGGUUUUUUUGUGCGGGCUAACAUCAGGAGGGUUUGUCUGGGCCAGCCAAUCAGGUCCCUCCCCUGCUAUAGAUCGGCUGCUAUAAUACAAAGCAGUAAAAGCGGUCGCCCUCACACAGGCGGCUGCAGCUCCACUCCACUCCAGAUCCCGUGGCUUUUAAUUCCCCUCUACUUUUUUGAACCCUCCUUCCGCGCGCCCCCCGCCACUGCCGUUUCUCUGUCAGGCGUCCAUUUCCGCACCUGCCACGGUAGACAGCAGGACACGGAGCAGCAGCGGAGGAGACAAGGACAUUAGUGGAGGCAGACGGCGGAGAGAAGGACAGCAGCGGAGCCGCGCUUCACCUCAUCUUACAGGGAGCAGAGAUUCAGCCGAAGACUCGGAGAUGGUUCUCUGGAGCACCGUCGCCUCGGUCGCUCUCAUCUGCUUGUCCUUGCUGUCCUCCGGGAUGGGCUGUGGACCGGGCAGGGGCUACGGCAGGAGGAAGCACCCGAAGAAGCUGACACCUCUGGCGUACAAGCAGUUCAUCCCCAACGUGGCGGAGAAGACCCUGGGGGCCAGCGGCAGAUACGAAGGCAAGAUCACGAGAAACUCGGAGCGAUUUAAGGAGCUGACUCCCAACUACAACACUGACAUCAUCUUCAAGGAUGAGGAGAACACCGGUGCCGACAGGCUCAUGACUCAGAGAUGCAAAGACAAGCUGAAUUCUCUGGCCAUCUCGGUGAUGAACCAGUGGCCCGGGGUCAAGCUGCGGGUCACCGAAGGCUGGGACGAGGACGGACACCACUUCGAGGAGUCGCUGCACUACGAAGGCCGCGCCGUGGACAUCACCACGUCCGACAGGGACAAGAGCAAGUACGGCACUCUGUCCAGGCUGGCCGUGGAGGCUGGGUUUGACUGGGUCUACUACGAGUCCAAAGCCCACAUCCACUGCUCCGUGAAAGCAGAGAACUCCGUGGCGGCAAAGUCCGGCGGCUGUUUCCCGGCAUCCUCCACUCUGACCCUGGAGGACGGAACCCAGAGAGCGGUCGGGGAGCUGCGGCCCGGGGACAGGGUUCUGGCGGCCGACCCUGACGGACACCUGCUCUACACGGACUUCAUCACCUUCAUCGACCAGGACUCCACCACCAGGAGGCUCUUCUACGUCAUCGAGACCGACUCGGGCCAGAGAAUCACGCUGACCGCCGCACACCUGCUCUUCGUGGGCCACAACUCUUCUUCUUCUUCUUCUUCUUCUUCUUCUUCUUCUUCUUCUCCUUCUUCUUCUUCUUCUUCUUCUGUGGUGGACAGACGGAUGUCGGCGGUGUUCGCCAGCAGCGUCCAGCCCGGACAGAAGGUCUUCGUGUUGGACUCCGUGGGACAGCAGCUCCAGCCCGUCACCGUCCGACGGAUUUUUACGCAGGAACACCAGGGCUCGUUUGCGCCAGUGACCGCGGAGGGGACCGUGGUGGUGGACCGGGUCCUGGCGUCCUGUUACGCAGUGAUCGAAGACCACCGGCUGGCACACUGGGCCCUGGCCCCGGUCAGGGCCGCGCACUGGGUCUCCACGCUGCUUUUCAGCCCUCAGACUGCGGCUGGGACCCGGCAGGAGGACGGGGUCCACUGGUACUCCAAGGUCCUUUACCAGUUAGGGACAUGGCUGUUGGACAGUCAGUCCAUCCAUCCACUGGGCAUGUCGGUGUCCCCGAGUUGAAGGUUCGACUCCGGAGGAACAGAGUCGGACUCGAACGUAGAGACACGUGACUAUUCUUUAGAUAUAAAAACAACAACAACAACAACAAAUAAAAUCAAAUAAAAAUCAUUAUUGUGAACAACAGACAGACCAACCAGACGAAGGUCCGAGCGGCGGAGUUGGGAUAUUUAUUGGACAGACUUUUUCCCGAGCUGUGUCCCGUGUCAGAGAACGAGUGGAGCCUUAAAAAAAAAAAA